GUUGCGAAGAAGCUGCUUCUACAGGGAAUUUUACCGGAUGAUAUAUUGCUUCAAACCAUUUGCAAAAGAUACGGUCGUAAGUCUGAGAUUAUUCGAUACAUCACCAAUGUUAUAUGUCAAAGCAUCAAAGAGCAGUCAAAAGAUAUAGUUCACGUUUGGCCCGCUUUUCAGUAUAGAAAUAAUCUGGAGUACAGUGAAAAUCAUAUUGAUCUUUGUUGUUAUAACGGAAACACAUACUGAUAUUAAAACAGAUUACCAAAUAUAUGAAAGAAAUGUCAAUAAGAUUUUAGCGGAGAGCGAAAGGGAAAAUGAUUCCAUACGUAACAAUGAAAACUUUAGUGAUGUAAGGAUUAAUGAUAUAAAAUUAUGCUUGAAGUCAAAUGCCAGCAAAUUGAUGGAAACCCAUAGAAAUCUUACAUGGGUAACUAUUAGUAGUGUCAAAUCAAGUGGGCAUGGUAGGAAAAGCGGUAUUGUUAAAUCACUGUGUAUAGCACUUUAUGUACAGGUCAAAGGAUUUAUUCCAAUCGAUGAGGAUCCGUUUGAACAAUUUAUUGAUGGAUAUCCAGUUGACGUUCGAGAAGGUGUAUUUACGCUUUGUGGAUCUCCUACAGAUUUACAUGAAAAUGUGAGAAUGGGAUGUGCAUAAGACAGUGGAUUUGGAACAAACCAAGGAACUAUAGGUCCGUUCUUCAGAUAUGAAACUGACUCAUUUACGUACCUAUUAACCAGCGCUCAUGUUCUGCUUAACCACGAAGAAAUGCAGAGGCUGAUUGUAGACAAAGAAGUGCAUUAUGGAAUGUUUGGUACCGAUACUUACCAGCCACCUGAAAGUAUAUCAGUCGAACAUAACCAACGCCAUCAUCUGGGUAAAUUAGAGUUCGCUGUCUAUAGGAAAGGCGGACAAUACAAACCUGGAAUGGAAGUUGCACUUGUUCGAAUCAACAAAAACCGGAUUCCAAUAGAUGGGAAAUUUCCUUCAAAAUGUGCAACCGAUGACGCUUAUGAGUUUUAUGCCGGAGGAAAUUGUAGCUAUUCAGCACUGUUGAAUGAUCCAUAUGUAUACAAAUACGGAUCGGUGACUGGACUUACCAAAGGUAGAGUACGAUUACAAGGAGCUUCAGUGCGAACUAGUAUAUUAUAUGGCAAAUCUCUUGGGCUUGACAUAACAUUGCAUGAUCAAAUCGAAAUAGAACCUGUUGACGGCGUUGCAUUUGGAGAGCUAGGAGAUUCAGGAUCACUUGUAUUUCAAAAAGACGGAAACAGAUUGGCUGCAUUUGGUAUAUUUGAAGGCAAGGUUAACGACGACAUCUUUAUGGUUACACCAAUCCUUGAGAUGAAACAGGCAUUAAGUGAAUUAAUGUCGCGCUACAGAGAUCCUCCCACUGAUACACAAAUGGAAGUUGAUGAACAGAACUCGGCUGUGACUUUUAUGCUUUAUUAUGUUCCGCCGUCUAGCAACGUAUCGUUAUCUGCUGGAAUUGAUCGCCAUAUUUCUGCCGAAAUUAGCAGACAAACGACUGAAAUACAGACAAAUAUUCUGCAUCAUACUGAUCACAAGAUUGGUUCUGUCAAGGCCGAAUAAACCGCUGUUAAGGCGCAUAUUGAUAACACAAAACGAGAAAUAAUUGAAAACAUAAGUAGUCAAAUCAGUAUACUGUCACAGGCUAUUAUGAGAGAUAGAUCGCAAAUGCAAUAGCUUUUACUAUAGAACAGUUACUUUCAGUGAGUAUGUUCGUCGAUAUAUUUAUAACUUAUAACCCGUCCAAUUCGUGCAAGAAAUUUAAUAGAAAAAAUAUGUUUUGUGCUUCUUCUAUAGUGAGACUAUAUUAUUUGCUAGACAUAAAAAGUAACAAUAAAGAACUACCGCACAGCUAAGCUGAAAAUGAUGCAGGCUCGGUUUCAUGGAACCUGUUCACGGGCGACAGUGGUUAAUGAACAAUAACGUCCACAUGCCCAUUGUUUACUUAGAACUUGUUUCAUACCGACCAAAGCAAUAGUGCUCAAGUAUAAACAAGACCUAAUCACAGACAAUCCAACAGUCCCCUACCGGUAUGAUGUUGAAUAAUUUCCUUCUCAACCAAAUUAAAUAUAAAUGAAGAAAUGAAAGUGGAAAUUGUCUCAGAUACCCCGGUAUUUAGAAUCAUCAAAUAGUUAGGAAGCAGUCGUGCUUUUGCGACUGUAAGAAAAUUAAAGUCAAAGGAACAAGUGUGUUUGAGAGUCAUCAAUAUAUUUCAAGAUAAUUUCAAUGUAUAUACUGUUUCUAUAGCCACGGCAACAGCAUUUUCUUCGUAUAACAUGCCUUAUCUCUACGUGACUUACUAUCCAUAAACCAAGCAGAGUACAUAUGACUUUGGUAUUUUUGAGUUAUGACGGGAUCUUUACUUGAUCUAUUUUCAUCAUUUUCGGUAAUCCAGUGUAUUUACCGUUUACAAGUAUUAAUGGGUUCCGAAUUCCAAUGCAUUUUAUUGGUGUUCACCAUUUUUGUAACCAUUUCAAACAAAAUAAAAAAGACUUUGCAAGUUUCGCAAGUCAUCUAUUCAAUUAAUAAAACGAAGAGAAUCAAAAUGAUGUGAACAAUUUUAGUAUGGCCUUUGGUCCACUUACCAGUUAUCACUAACUUAACUUUUGUACUUUUGAGUUAGGAUAGAAUCAUGACUUCUUCUAAUGGGUAAGAUUAAAAACGGACGAACAUUUUCUGCUUUGAGAUAUUUAAGUUAAUAGAUUUACAAAAUAAGAAUUUUGAAUACAUUGAAUGAUCAAGUGAACUUCAGAUGGAUAUAAAUCAAAUGCAAUGUAUCAUAUUCUCGUUAUAUUUUAUAAUAUUUUUAGGGCACAUUGUGAGUCAGAAAUCCAUAUUUUUAAUUGACAUGUUUAAAAUGUAUUUAAUAAUGUAAAAAAAUGGAUUUAGACCUUUAAGGUAUUACCAUCCUAAUGCAUUACCUCCGCUUUGUAGAGUAUUCAAAUAGGCUAGAACUACAUUGAAAAUGAGGGCCGUGGGUUUAAUACUUUUUUCUUUCUUUUUUUUCUUUUAAGAUUAUUUAUGUAUCUCUCAUGUCCCAUUUGGAAAGAAAAAAGUGUUUUAUUUUGAUUUUUUAAGUUAUAUAGGUAUUCAUUGGCUGAAUUAUGCUAAAUCUAGUAAUUAAUAUUGUAUCUGAUAUUUUAAAAGUGUAAUAAAAUCAAAAAUAUACGGUAAAAGUAUUUCAUAUUUAACAAGAUCAACCAAUAUACUUCUUUAAAAAUUUAGGGAAACUUUGAAAACAGGCACUCAUUUGGGUAAAUUUUAAGGAUUUUUUAAAUUAGGCUCCCUAAGUAGGAAAAUGGUCAGGCACGUGGUAAAAAUGGGUGGGGUAAGGUAACAUUUUUAUACAGAUUUUAUAAAUUUGACGUAGAAACCAUAAUUUUGCUUAUGUGGAUUGUUAGAUGAAUGGUACUAUUUGUUUCUUACCAACAUUUAAUGGGAAAACAUUUUUCAUUAGAAUGUUAUUGCAGAUUAUUUAAAGGUUUCUCAUUUCUAAAAAGGGCCCUCAUAACAUCCUAGCUUGAGUUCAGAAAAAUGGCCAUAACUUGAUUUCCGUACGGUAAAGUUUGUUUAAAUUUUGCAUACAGGUGUACUUUAAGGUAUAUAUCUGACCUAUGAUGUCAAUUUUUUUAGUUCCUUAUAGUGCCCAUUAGGGUGGUAAUACCUUAAGAUGUUUUACAACUGAAGACGUAUUGCUGUACGUGUUGAAUGCCAUACACAAUAAUAAAUCACUAUAAUUUUACUAACCGAUCAGAGAAGGCAAAGAUAUUUAAUCAUGUGAGAAAUGGGUAUUUUUAUUUGUCUUUUGAAACUGUAAUAUAGGCAAACUAAAGUGGACUUAUAUGUACAGCAUAAACAUCGAGCAGUAACUUUUAUCUCAUUAAGAUAUUACGUUUAAUGCUUUUUUAUAUAAUUGUUUAUUAUUUAUAUGUAUUUGUACUUGUAUAAUAGUGUAACUUAUAAGUCCAAUGUACCGGGUGUUGUUGUUGUUGAUGAUGAUGUUUUUUUGUUUGUUUAUGUAUUCAUGUCAUGAAUGUCGGUUUGGUAUUUACACAAUAUGUCACUAUCAUUAACAAUUUGCUUAUUGACUUACACAAUGUCGCUAUAUUUAACAAUUUGCUUACUGAUUUGAUUUAUAUCACUUAGACACAGCUGUUAAGACUAUUUUACACCGUCAUUUAAACGAGAAAAUGUUUUUUCAAAGAGUAAAAAUUGUAAUACAUUGGCACAAUAAAAGAAAAUAUGUACAGCAUAAACAUCGAGCUGUACGUUGAUCUCAUUCAUAUAUUACGUUUAAUAUUGUUAUAUGUAAUUGUUUAUUGUUUAUAUGUAUUUGUACUUGUAAGAUUAGGUGACUUAUCAUUCCAAUAUGCCGGGUGUUGUUUUUGUUGUUAUUGUUGUUGCUAGGGUUUUUUUUGUAUUCAUAUCAUGAAUGUCUGCUUGGUAUUUACACAAUGUCACUAUAAAAACAAUUUGCUUACUGGCUUGUUUUAUACAAUAAACAGCACAAAUAAACAGCUGUUUAGACUCUUUUUCGCCGUCAUUUCAACGAGAAACUGUUUAACCAAAGAGUAAAAAGUGUAAUAUAUUGGAAUAAUAAAAGAAAAUAUUUCUAAUAUUCGAGUUAAUAUCUAUCGCAGAAUCAAUGUUCAUUGUUCAGAUGCAUCCAAUAUUCAAAAAGGGAGAACA